AACUGACAACACCGUUUCGAUCCUCUCGAUCACAGUCAAAACAUCAGCACGGAUCAUUGCCCAAGGUAGCCGAGUUGUUUGUAACUGCCUUGAACGAGCAAGAUGUUGCCAAAAGCCAUGACAAUGACGUGUUCGUUUUUGAUUCGUCGUCCGCCAUUUUGAAAAUGGAAAGGCGGGAAGACGAACCGAAAUCUACUGCGCAUGAGCAGCGGUUUUUCCGCCGUGCCCCAGUGGCCCGUAAAUGUCAGAGUUUAUCCUGGUUUCCAGACAAUGAAGUGUGAAGCAACUAUUCCUUUUGAAUGAAAUUCUUGUUCCAUCACAAGUUGAACCCCAGCAUUUUGGCAUGGUAUUACUUAAUACUGUACCCAUUAUUUUACAAUCCUGGGCCCAGGUGUUAUCCAGUGGAUAGCAUUUUCUGCCCUUUGAACAACUGGAGCCUAGUUGGAGAGAGGUACUUUGAAAAUAUAGUGUUUUGCCCAAGAACACAAAGCAGUUACACAGUUAGUGCUGGAAUCAGCUUGACUGCUAAACCUAGAGUUCAAGGUGGCAGCCAUAAGGGCACUGUUUCUUCCACUUCACUGUGCAAAGAAGUAGUAAUGCUGUACUCCUAGCUGCUUCAUGUUGCUGAUAAUCCAUCAGGCAGCUGUGAUAUCACUGAUUGAAAGUAAUUCAGUCUUAAAUACUUGAUAAAGAAAGCUCCCUUUUGCAGUACAUGUGCUGAAAGCAAUUUAGGCUGAGAUUAGUUGCAUCAGUCUGAACAUAUAACAUAGUUGAAACAGCUUAAUUUUGAUUAUUUUUCUUGCAGGUUCCAACUCUUGUUGAUCGAAUGCUUACACAGCCUUCUAGUCAGCGUCGUGGACUGGCAGCGAGCUCAGAAGCCCUUAGCUUACUUCUCAAAAGACCUUGGGACCCGGCCCAUGGACUGGUCACACAACAUAAACAGCGAAAACUUCCCGGAACGCCUUUGCUGUUGGUCGUGCCAAGUGGUCCUACAACAAGUAUCAGUUCUGGGACGUCAUCCAAACGUGCUCGCUUCUGGCACAACCAUCUGUCUGUCCUUGGCAAGGUUGUUCCUGUCACUAUGCACACAAGCAAUGGAGGCAGUGGAGUGUCUAUCAGUCAGUGUCUGGAUCACAUUAUUGGUGCGGUUAGGAUCAAAGUAUUGGAGCUGAGGAGUCAUUUUCCCAAUCGUCCCAUUAUUCUGCUGGGUUGGUCAGUUGGUGCUUUAGUGUCCUGUCAGGUGGCAUUGAUGGAAUCAGUGUGUGCCGUCGUGUGUCUUGGUUUCCCAAUCACUGGUCUAAGUGGUGUAAGAGUGGGUGUAGAAGAUCCUCUUCUGGAGCUGAAGACACCCACUUUGUUUAUUAUUGGUUCACAUUCAACUCUCACAUCCCAAGAAGAUGUUGAGGAAAUGCGUGAAAAGAUGAAAACAGACACUAGUCUGCUGGUGGUAGGAGGGGCAGAUGAACAGUUACGUUUGACUCGAGCUAAAAAGAAACAGGAGGGUCUCACACAAAGCAUGGUGGAUCGCUUGAUCAUGGACGAGAUUGGUGACUUCUUAGGCCUUGUUUUGACGAGUAUGAACAACAACAGCGCACACAACAGAAAUGAUUCCUCGGAUAUAGAUGAGGUGGACGUUCGCAAAAAGAAAAGGAAACGGUCAGUGUCGCGUGACCUGAGCUCUGAAAUGGAACGCUCUGUAGGAAAGCAAGCUUUGACGUCACACGCAUCAGCCAAGAAGUCCACACCUCAAAAGGCUCCCGUUCAAGAUCAGGGAAAAACACUUCUUAAGCUACCCCUUGGCAACACCAUGGGGGCUAUAAGCAGCGUUCGUUCGCUGAGCCAGCCUAGUCCUGCUAAGCGGCCAAGGACUUCCAAGUCUAAAUCAAAAACAGCCAACCCGCCUCCAAGUAUCAUUCACGUUACUGGAGCUACGCCUACAACUGUAGUCAGCAGUGUCCCUCAAGCCAUUCCCGUGCACCCUCUGCCAGGGUUUCCUCUACCUCCUGGUGCCACUGUGACUCGCCAGGUGCCUCUGACAAGUGCUUCAGCGGCGGCGCUGGCUUCCAGUGGCAGGGGACAAACCUUCAUCUCCCUUACUCCGAAGAGCUCAGACCCUGGAGCAAGGGUCACGCAGACGUUCAUCACCAUUCCUCGCGGGAGUUCUCCAUCCGUCAUGUCGUCAAGUUCAGCAACAGGACAGACAGUGCAAUAUAUCAUUAAACCUCAAAGCCAGCGUCACACUCCUGUGAACCUCAGUGCUGUUGGUGCUACCCUGACGGCUCAAGGCGCUGUUGCACCGCCCGGAGCUCAGCUGCCUGUAAGGACCAUUGUAUCAGCGCCAGUCAGACAAACACCUCUCUCCCAAUCACCCAGCUCGUCCUUUACAUCUGUAGUGAGUCUCAAGGGUGCUACUGUAACAACGCAAGCUCCCUCGUUUCCAUCGGGUGCUGUACCAGUAUCUAGCGCUUCCUUAGCUGCGGCAUCCUCCCUUGGCAAGUUUUCCCCAUCGUCAGCUGUUCUGACCUCCGGGAGACCUACUUUCACCCGUGUGGGUGAGAUGUCACAACCAUCAACUAUCAACGUUCUGACUAAGGACGGUAACAAGCUGGUAGUGUCGCAGGCGAUAUCAUCUGCUGGCCUCAAAGGCUCGUACAAGUUGGUCAGUGGCGCAACUGUAGCAAGUGGAGCUGGACAAUCCCAAGUUGUCCUUGGCCAUCCUGUCAGGUCAGCUUCAGGGAGUGGUCAGACAUUAGUCACUCAUAAAGUGUCUGGUCCGCCAGGAACUGUCGCUACCUCGUUACCUGUGAGUCUUGCUGCGUUAGCAGGCAAACUACCGAGCAGCACCACAAUAUCACAACCCGGUGGUCGAGUCACUCUCGUUCAGAGCACUCGGCCAACUACCGUCGCCACACAGCCAGUAAGGACCAUUCCCGGACAAGUGGUCUCUGUGCAGAGACCGGCAGCAAGCAGGACUACCAACCCGCAGACUGGCGCGGUGUCAAGUUUUCCAGGAGCAGUAACAGUUGCAAGAGCGGGAGCUACUCAGAUCACGGGGCUCAUCUCUUCUGGCUCGCCCGUUACUAACCUUCAGACCGGAACAGCCUUUGUGGUUGGUAAAACGCUUGGCAAUCCUGUGGCUAGUACACAGGUAAUCCCCAAGGCGGCACCCACCCUAGUCGUUUCGUCUACGGCGGUUUCUGGGACCAAAGUGGUACCCUCAGCGCAAAUGGCAUCAGUUCUCAACAAGACUAAGACAGUGUUGACUGCAUCUGCUCCAAAACCUACGGAGUCACAGACUAUUUCUACCCCUGUCACUUCAAAUUUUGGUACAACUCCUGUUCAACAGAUUAGGAAAUCGGUAGCCACGGCUCAGGUGGCGGCUGCUGGGCAAAGUCCUGCAGUCGCACAGUCGGCUGUGAAGGAACAGACACCAGUGGCACCCAAACCUGGUGAUGGCGUCGCGAAGGAGGCGGCCUCAUCUUGACUUAACUUUAUUGAUAGUGAGAACCUAAGCCUUCAGCUGUUCUGGUGUCAGAUGUAACCUCUGAUUGCACUGGCAACAAAAGUAAGUUUUUCCCUUGCUAGUGAUCCAGCAUGAAAUUAUUUGAACACGAACGGUUGUAACCUUUAAAGAGACAAUUUUAGGAGGCAAUGAUAUCGACUUUGUUAUUGGUGGUGAAUAAUUUCUCAUGCUUGAACUGUAAAUAUGUAAUUUACGUGAUUAUUAAAAAGAAAAGUAUCCGAAA